CACGAACGGGAGAACUAAACCAACCCACCAACUCCCUCACGAACAAGCCAGCACGGGAGUUAGCAAAGCAGCUAACGCAGGAGUCAGGGAGAGUGUCCGCAAGUGUACAGGAGCGAACGAGCAAGAGAGGCAAGCAGGAGGACUUCAAGACGACAGUUCUGGAGGGUAUGGAGACGGCCAAGCAUCAGGUGUGGAGGGUGCAGCUUUCCAGAGUAGACUUCCACAUGACCGUAUGACAUCUCAAGAAGCUGCCUGCUUCCCUGAUAUAAUCAGUGGGCCACAGCAGACUCAGAAGGUGUUUCUGUACAUCAGGAACCGCACCCUUCAGCUCUGGUUGGAUAACCCAAAGAUUCAGUUGACAUUUGAGGCAACUAUCCAACAACUAGAAGCGCCUUAUAAUAGUGAUACAGUGCUCGUUCAUAGAGUACACAGCUAUCUGGAGAGGCAUGGUCUCAUCAACUUUGGUAUCUACAAAAGAGUGAAGCCCCUUCCAACCAAGAAGACCGGAAAGGUGAUCAUUAUUGGUUCUGGCGUCUCUGGGUUGGCAGCAGCUCGGCAGUUGCAGAGUUUCGGGAUGGAUGUCACAGUUCUGGAAGCCAGGGACCGAGUAGGAGGAAGAGUUGCUACCUUUCGCAAAGGGAACUAUGUUGCUGAUCUAGGAGCGAUGGUCGUAACAGGACUUGGAGGAAAUCCAAUGGCUGUGGUCAGCAAACAAGUGAAUAUGGAAUUGGCUAAGAUAAAACAAAAAUGCCCACUUUAUGAAGCAAAUGGACAAGCUGUUCCAAAAGAGAAAGAUGAAAUGGUGGAGCAGGAAUUUAAUCGUUUGCUGGAAGCCACCUCCUAUCUCAGUCAUCAGCUGGAUUUUAAUGUUCUCAAUAACAAGCCUGUCUCCCUAGGCCAGGCUCUAGAGGUUGUUAUACAAUUGCAGGAGAAGCAUGUGAAGGAUGAACAGAUUGAACACUGGAAAAAAAUCGUGAAAACACAGGAGGAAUUGAAAGAUCUUCUUAACAGGAUGGUGAAUUUAAAAGAGAAGAUUAAAGAACUUCAUCAACAGUAUAAGGAAGCAUCAGAAGUGAAGCCACCUCGGGAUAUUACCGCAGAGUUCCUUGUGAAAAGCAAACACAGAGACCUGACUGCGCUUUGCAAGGAGUAUGAUGAAUUGGCAGAAACACAAGGAAAGCUGGAAGAGAAGUUGCAAGAACUUGAAGCCAAUCCACCAAGUGAUGUUUAUCUGUCAUCAAGAGACAGGCAAAUACUUGACUGGCAUUUUGCAAACCUAGAAUUUGCUAACGCUACACCGCUGUCUACACUUUCGCUGAAGCACUGGGACCAGGAUGAUGACUUUGAAUUCACGGGCAGUCACUUGACUGUGAGGAACGGAUAUUCCUGUGUGCCUGUAGCCUUGGCAGAAGGGUUGGAUAUUAAAUUAAACACUGCAGUUCGACAGGUUCGCUAUACAGCAUCAG